AUGGAAGGAGGUCCAUGGUUUAUUGGAGGAAACAUUAUUGGUUUGGAUAAAUGGUCCCCAUCAUUUAUUCCUGAAUCCCUUAAAGGGCUUUCAGCACCUGUUUUGAUUCGCAUGCCAUGUUUGCCUUUACACUGUUGGGAUGAACAUAAUAUAUGUAGAAUUGCUUCUAUGAUUAGAGUUCCUAUAUAUCUAGAUGGAAACUCAUUUAAAUGGGGUAAGAGGGAGUAUGCAAGAGUUUGUAUUCGUAUCGACUUGGAUAAAAAAUUACCAAAAGGAGUUUAUAUUGAAGGAAAGCAUGGUAGAUCAUUCCAAAAGGUUGAAUAUGAGAAGAUCUCAUCUCUUUGCUAUCACUGUGGAAAAAUUGGACAUCUCAAGAACACAUGCCCUCUUACCAAUCCUGCAAAUACAUUUUCUCCUAUCACAAAUGUUAGUAAUGAAGGGAUGUUCCAUGAAAAAAUUGAAAUCAGAAAUCAGAAAUCAGAAAUCUGGAAACCUGUAAAUCAGAAGAAUCCUCCAAUAUAUAUUGCUUCAACCAUAGAAGAAGGAGAGAUCAUUGAACCACAAAAUAAUGUUGCUAUUCAAAAUUCUAGACCUGAUGCCAAGGGUAACUCAAUUGUCAAUUCUGACUUUUGUUUGAAGAACAACUUCAGUGUCCUUGAAGAAAUAUUGGAUGAUACAAGCAUGGGAGAUACUUUGGAGAAUGAUGUUAUUGCUGAACAAGUUCAGACAGGGAAACUGCCACCAAACAUUGUAGAUUGUACUUCUCCUGAUAAUUCUAUCAAGAAAAAUUUGGUGAUAACAAAUAAUGCUAAUACAGGUGAAUAUGCUUUCAAAAUAGCUUCAGGAAAAUUUUAA